CGCGCGAGUGACGCGACGGGGCCCGUUGUCUUUGCGUGGGGCUGAGGGGCCCCGGGGGCGGUGGGGGCUCCCAGCGGGGGCGGCGGUGAAUCCGAGGGGCCUGGACAUGGCGCUGAGGGGCCGCCCCGCGGGAAGAUGAAUAAAGGCUGGCUGGAGCUGGAGAGCGACCCGGGCCUCUUCACCCUCCUGGUAGAAGAUUUCGGUGUUAAAGGUGUGCAGGUGGAGGAGAUCUAUGACCUCCAGAGCAAAUGCCAGGGCCCUGUAUAUGGAUUCAUCUUCCUGUUCAAAUGGAUAGAAGAACGCAGGUCUCGUCGCAAGGUCUCUACCUUAGUGGAUGAUACAUCUGUGAUUGAUGAUGAUAUUGUGAAUAAUAUGUUCUUUGCCCACCAGCUGAUCCCCAAUUCCUGUGCCACUCAUGCCUUGUUGAGCGUACUCCUGAACUGCAGCAAUGUGGACCUCGGACCUACACUGAGUCGCAUGAAGGAUUUCACCAAAGGCUUCAGCCCUGAGAGCAAAGGAUAUGCAAUUGGCAAUGCCCCAGAGUUGGCCAAGGCACACAAUAGCCAUGCCAGGCCUGAGCCACGUCACCUCCCUGAGAAGCAAAAUGGCCUUAGUGCAGUGCGGACCAUGGAGGCGUUCCACUUUGUCAGUUACGUGCCUAUCACAGGUCGGCUCUUUGAGCUGGAUGGACUGAAGGUCUACCCUAUUGACCAUGGGCCCUGGGGGGAGGAUGAGGAAUGGACAGACAAAGCCCGGCGGGUCAUCAUGGAGCGUAUUGGCCUCGCUACCGCAGGGGAGCCCUACCACGACAUCCGCUUCAACCUGAUGGCAGUGGUGCCCGACCGCAGAAUCAAGUAUGAAGCCAGGCUGCAUGUGCUGAAGGUGAACCGUCAGACAGUACUGGAGGCCCUGCAGCAGCUGAUUAGAGUAACACAGCCGGAGCUGAUUCAGACUCACAAGUCUCAAGAGUCACAGCUGUCUGAGGACUCGAAGCCAGCCAGCGGCAAGUCUCCCCUUGUGCUGGAGGCAGGCAGGGCCCCAUCGGCCUCUGAGGGCACCCAUGCAGAUGGUGCAGAGGAGGUGGCUGGUUCAUGCCCACAGGCUCCGACCCAUAGUCCUCCCAGCAAACCCAAGCUGGUGGUGAAGCCCCCAGGGAACAGCCUCAAUGGUGUUCCCACCAACCCAACCCCCAUUGUGCAGCGGCUACCGGCCUUUCUAGACAAUCACAAUUAUGCGAAGUCUCCCAUGCAGGAGGAGGAAGACCUGGCAGCAGGUGUGGGCCGCAACCGUGUUCCAGUCCGUCCACCCCAGCAAUACUCAGAUGAUGAGGAUGACUAUGAGGAUGAUGAGGAGGAUGACGUGCAAAACACCAACUCUGCCAUCAGAUACAAGCGGAAAGGACCAGGGAAGUCAGGGUCAUUGAGCAGUUCUGCAGACGGGCAGCUAUCAGUGCUGCAGCCCAAUACCAUCAACGUCUUGACUGAGAAGCUCAAAGAGUCCCAGAAAGACCUCUCGAUUCCUCUGUCCAUCAAGACUAGUAGUGGGGCUGGAAGUCCAGCUGUGGCAGUGCCCACACAUUCGCAGCCCUCACCUACUCCCAGCAAUGAGAGCACGGACACAGCUUCUGAGAUUGGCAGUGCUUUCAACUCACCUCUGCGCUCGCCUAUCCGCUCAGCCAAUCCGACGCGUCCCUCUAGCCCUGUCACCUCCCACAUCUCUAAGGUGCUUUUUGGAGAGGAUGACAGCCUUCUGCGUGUUGACUGUAUACGUUACAACCGUGCUGUCCGUGACCUAGGUCCUGUCAUCAGCACAGGUCUGCUACACCUUGCUGAGGAUGGUGUGUUGAGUCCCCUGGCAUUGACAGAGAGUGGAAAAGGUUCCUCACCCUCCAUAAGACCAAACCAAGGCAACCAGGAGUUCAACAGUCCAGAGGAGAAGGAGGUGGUCGAAGCCACGGACUGCAGAGAGAAGACUGGGUUGGUCAGGCCUGGUGAGCCCCUGAGUGGAGAGAAGUACUCACCCAAGGAGCUGCUGGCGCUAUUAAAGUGUGUGGAGGCUGAGAUUGCAAACUAUGAGGCUUGCCUCAAAGAGGAGGUGGAGAAGAGGAAGAAGUUCAAGAUUGAUGACCAGAGAAGGACCCACAACUACGAUGAAUUCAUCUGUACCUUCAUCUCCAUGCUGGCUCAAGAAGGGUGGGCACCUGCCACGAGCGGAUCUUCACAGGAUUCCCCAGUGUUCCGAUGAGCGUGGGCUCAGAAGUAUGAGGUACUUGAUGGACUGUAAGCUGCUUGACCCACUGGUCAUAGAGUGCUGUGCGAUACUGACCCUGGGGAGAUACCAGACGCUGGGCUGUCACACCAGACACCAUGGCCUUCCCUACCCUUUGCUACUCCUCAGGUUUGAGGAGGCAACAACAACGUCCACCUGCGUGGUGACUGCGAGAUUAAAGGGGAGUCAUCAUGAAGUGUUUAAGUGUUGGAGCAGUGUGUGGCACCUACAGGUAUCCGUGUGAGCUUUCACAAGUUCCCCUCGAAGGCUGGCUCCAUGAGAAUGGCUCUUCCAGCCCUUUUUUGCACUGCUGUGUCCUAGCACUUGGCUCACAGAAGUGGCCUGCUGAGGGCUUGUUGAAUGAGAUAGGAAGGGAGAGGCCACCUACAGGCUGCUGGGCUCCUCCGGGAGAGGAGACUGGUCAGAGGCAAAGCUGGGGCUACUUACAGUGAAGGGGCCCAGGUAGGCCACAAAGCCGGCAGCCACCAGCACGUUGCCUGAGAUGUUGUCAAGCAUGUUCUCCAGAUUCUCCACUGUCUCCCGCCAGCGCACCUUCUCAUCUGACAGCCCGUUGAUGAGCUGUGGAGAUGGCCCCAUGGGGUGGACUCUGGGAAGCUGUGCUGGGGGCUGUGGUGGACUCCCUGCUGCAGCUGCUGUGAUUGCUAAGUAGAGGGCAGCUCCACAGAAGCCCCUCCCUGGACCCUUCGGGGCCCUUCAGGUGGGCAUGCUCGUGGGCCUUCCGGGGGAGCAGCACCCACCUUGUCAGCGCGACCCAGCCGCUGCUCACACUGCUCACACUUCAUUUCCAGCUCUUCCUUCUUGGCAAUGCAUUCUCGGUACUUGGCCUGCAUGGUGGCGAUGCCAUCCUCCACCUCACGUAGGCGCUGCUUUGCCUCCUCCAGGAUCUUCUGUGUCACCUCCAGGUCUUCCUGGGCCUCCCUUAAGGCUUGCUACAGACAGAGGGUACAGGGCCAACUUGCCUCUGAGUGCGUGGGGAGGGGAACCAGCCACCACCAGCUCUACCUGGUCCUCACCCGCUUGGGCUCCACAGCCUUGGCCACGAAGUGGUACUUGUGCAUGGCCCGCACCCACUGGCAGAUGGAGGUACAGGCCUUGGACACCUUGGCGAUGGCGGCUGGUUGGAACUCCUCGUUGUCAAUGUACGGCUGGAUGGCCUUGAUCACAGCCUCCCCAAUAUUGUCCUGGUGUGGGAAUCAUGGGCCUCAAGAGGCUGCUUCCCACACCUGGCGGGAGAGGGGCUCUGCUGGAAGGUGGGGCCUCUGAGGGAUGCCCCCCACCCCUCUGACACCAGGUCCUACUUCUCUGCCCUGUGUCCUGUGCAGGCCUCAGCUCAGUUUCCUUAAAAAGCAAACACAAUCUAGAAAGGCUGACCAGACAAGAAACCUCUGUGUCCCUGGGAUUUCACAUAGUUUCUCAGACGCCUCAAGAUCUGACAAUACACAAGGCCACAUUGAAAAGCUCAUUUAAAGACAAGGUCUGUUUUCUGAGAGCGAUGCUUCAGUGGGUAUGGAGAGUGAGGGGUUCUGAUGAGCAUAGGGUGCUGCACUGUUCACAAGUUUCCAGAGCCAGAGCCAGAGCCAGAGCUGGGGCUGAGCCUGGGGGCCUGAACACUGAGUCUGGGCAUGCCUAGCCUGCCUGCUCCUCUCAGAAUGGCUUGAUUAGACCUGUGGGGCCCCUUGUUUCCUGCCUAAUGGGAGCAGAGGAGGAAUAGUGAAGCUCAAAGGUCUAGCUGCUGCUUGAGCCCUGAGACGAGCCACUGUCCCUAGUCUCCAGGCUCAGCAUAGAAGUGCCCAGCCCUUGCACUGACAAAUGGUGGUGGCCCACAUGGGUCAGGCAGCUGCUCCUCAGGCAAUUUCCAGGAUGGAGAGGGGCCCAUUGCAGGUAACUGUGGGCUCCAAGCUGACCUGACCAUGUGUUAGCCCCUGACAGAGCCCAUGUCCAGAUGGACAGAGAAACCCAGAGGGACACAGAGGAACCUGAAUCUCAGGUGCUGAGAUUGAGGGACAAAGAUGAUUGGCAAAGGUCUUGGGCAAGGCCAUAGGGGUCCAGAGUGAAAAAAGCACAAAAGAAUUCCCAGCUGUGGUGUUUUGGAGUGACUAUAGGGGUCCAGAGUGAAAAAAGCACAAAAGAAUUCCCAGCUGUGGUGUUUUGGAGUGACUAGGGGUGACAUCCUGUGGAGCACAGGAGCCUGCUUUGGUUCUGAUUUUCUCAAUACCUAUCUGUUGGUGGGUCUACCUGUUGCCCUACUGAUACACAGGAGAUAGGGCAUGGCAAAGCAGACUGGGGGAAAUGAGCAGGACCUGUCAAUCACAAGGUCCCUGGACAACACCAGGACCCUGUAUGUAGAAUUUCUUUUGAGCUGCCAUGAGAUGUAGAUGGCAUAAAAGAAGACCAGACAACAUGGAAAGUCAUUGUCAUGAGUUCCCACGAUAGUCUGUGCUGUGUUUCUCAGAUGUGAAAGCAUAAUUUUAUUUUUGUUUUUACCCUCUUUUUUUUGUUUGUUUGUUAGGCCCAAGCUCACCCUGCAGAGCUGGUUCUUCCACACCCAUUCACCCUGCAUUUUUCAAAUAAACCUGAGGCACUA